GCUUUUACUCGCCAUUUCAGAAAUGGCGGCUCCGCUGGGCGGUAUGUUCUCCGGGCAGCCUCCCGGACCCCCGCCACCGCCGCCGGGAAUGCCGGGCCAGGCUUCACUUCUUCAGGCCGCGCCGGGAGCUCCGAGAUCUUCUCCGAGCACCUUGGUGGAUGAGUUGGAGUCAUCUUUCGAGGCUUGCUUCGCUUCUCUGGUGAGUCAGGACUAUGUGAAUGGCACGGAUCAGGAAGAAAUUCGAACUGGUGUUGAUCAGUGUAUCCAGAAAUUUCUGGACAUUGCAAGACAGACAGAAUGUUUUUUCCUGCAAAAAAGGUUGCAGUUAUCUGUCCAGAAACCGGAGCAGGUUAUCAAAGAGGACGUCUCGGAGCUGAGGAACGAAUUGCAGCGCAAGGAUGCUCUGGUCCAGAAGCACUUGACCAAGCUGCGGCACUGGCAGCAGGUGCUGGAGGACAUCCACGGGCAGCACAAGAAGCCACCCGACAUCCCCCAGGGCUCCUUGGCCUACCUGGAGCAGGCGUCUGCCAACAUCCCCGCGCCCAUGAAGCAGACCUGAGGCAGAGCCGGCUGCAGAGUGAGCGGGCGCGUGAGUCCGCGCACACACGGUUGUUCGUGCUGGGCGUCACGUCUGGGUGGUGUGGCGUUUUGCAAGAACUCUGCCAGAGGGCGAGAUAGAUGACUUUGGUCGCGUGCCAUCGGUAAGAUUUUCCCCGUAUUUUUAUAAGCUCUUAUUUUUUAUUACUCUAGAAAAUGCCCAUAGCGUUUGUAAACCAAGUGAAUGUUUUUGUUUUUAGCAAAAGUUGGUAUGAUGCUACCAACAUUCCUUUUUGUUCCUUUUUUCUGUGUUUUUUAAAAAUAAUUUUUGUGUUUAACUUUUAA